AUUUACAACAGCAGGUGUUCAAAACAAAUAUUAAUUAUUAGGAAAAUAUUAUCAUAUUUUAAAUCAAAAUAAAUAGAAGCGAAAAUGAACUAAUUAAAAAAGGAUUUUAUUUUCUGUGAUAACCAUGCAAGCAAAUAGGCUUUAGUUUUGAAAUAUGAUUAAAGCGGAGUCAUUUAGUUUGAAUGCUUGAAGUGUUUAUGCAACGAUUAAUCCCAAAGACCAUUUUUGUACUUAGAAGAUUUACUAUAGCAGCAAAAUAAUGAAAUAAUUGAUAAUUGGCCGCUUCUAAAUGAUUAAUCGCUAUUUAAAUAGGUCUAGGAAAUAAAAGAUAAAUAAUAAUAGCAAAGUAUUCUAUCUGAUUUCAUCUUUUAAAUGGAACAACUUGAAAAAUAAGUUAUUGAAAGAUUUAGAGAAUAUAAAAAGACUUUCAUAAACGAGUAUGAGCGUACGAAUGGAGAUUAAGUAAUAUCAAAAUGGAAUGAAAUUAGCUAAAUUACAUAAUUCAAGUAAUUAUUCUAAAGUCAAGAAAUAGAUCGCAACUUCAUAUAAUCAUUUUUGUUGGGUUAAAUGAAUAAAAGCUAGUCUAAUUCUGAAUUAAUCUAGAAUGAGAUCAACUUAUAUCUAAAUUAAAAACCAUAAAAUUUAGACUAACUAAAUAUAAUAUGCAAAAAUAUUCACUUUCAGUUUGAUAAUCUAUUUAAAAAAGAAUAAAUCACUGAUAUUUAAGAUCUUAUUAAUAAAUAUAAUGAGUAAAAAAGUAUUUAGUAAUAUAAUCAAUCAUAAAUAGAAAUGUUAAUAAUUAAAUAAAAUUAAAAAGAAGAAACUAUUUAAUAGUUAGAGUCAAAAUUAAGAUCUGUAACAGAAAAUUUGGACCAAAUAGUAGAUUAAAAUAAAUAAAGAGAUGAAUUUAUUCAAUAAAAUACAAAUUAGUAUUAAAAUUAAGUAGCCAUUUUUUAAAAACAAAUAAUAGAAAUUACAAACUAAAAUUAGUCACUUUUGUAGCAAAAAAAUAGUUAUUUAAAAUAUUUAGUCUAAAAUAUUAUAUAUUCUUAAGAUAAUUCUAAUAGUUAUUAAUCCCUUUUAUAAAAAUUCAUAACUUUUGAAAAGCAAGAAUUAAGCUCUAUGAAAAUUUAAAUAGAAAAAAUUUAAUUUGUGAUGAAGAGAAAAUAUGAAUUAAUAAUAAUAACAAAAGGAAUAGAUUUGUAAACUAUAUAAAGCCAAAAUUAUACUGAAAUAGAGGAAGCAUUAAAAAAAAUUUAAUCAACCAAUGGAUGGUGGAUAAAGGUAGAAUACAAGUCUGACUUUAAGUAUAUUAAAAUAACAUAUGAUUAUGAUUUUUCUUAAUUUGGGUGUAUGAAAAAUGCUAUAAAAACUGAAAAUAAAAUAGAAAAUGAAAAUUAUGAAUAAAGAUAAAUAAGACUUACUAAAAAGUAAAACAUUAAAAAUAAAUUUGCACUUGCCGUACAUUUACACGAGUUAUUGAAUUCAAAAAAAGAAUUAUGA